AUGGUGGUGAACGGGGCGCUCAACGGGUCCUCGGGCUCGUCGGGGCCGAGCAGGGCGGCGGCGGCGCUGGCGAACGGGGCGGCGGGGCCCGGGCCGAGCAGGACGGUGCUGGUCACCGGCGGGGCGGGCUACAUCGGCAGCCACGCCGUGCUGCAGCUGCUCGCCGCGGGAUUCCGCGCAGUCGUCGUCGACAGCCUCGAGAACUCCUCGGAGCUCGCCGUCCGCCGCGUCGCCGCGCUCGCGGGGGACCACGCCACGAACCUCUCCUUCCACAAGGUUGAUAUCCGUGACGAGGAUGCACUGGAAACUGUUUUUGCUUCCACAAGAUUUGAUGCUGUUAUUCACUUUGCUGGACUGAAAGCUGUUGGUGAAAGUGUACAGAAGCCAUUGCUUUAUUAUGACCAUAACAUUGUUGGCACGAUAAAUCUUUUGAAAGUCAUGGCAGCUCAUGGGUGUAAGAAGUUGGUGUUCUCUUCAUCAGCUGCAGUUUAUGGAUCACCUAAGAACUCACCCUGCACAGAGGAAUUUCCUCUCACUCCGAACAAUCCAUAUGGCAGAACCAAGCUUAUAGCCGAGGAGAUAUGCCGUGAUAUAUACCGGUCAGAUUCUGAGUGGAGGAUCAUUUUACUUAGGUACUUCAACCCGGUUGGGGCUCACCCCAGUGGAUACCUUGGUGAAGACCCACGUGGAAUUCCAAACAACCUUAUGCCCUUCGUUCAGCAAGUUGCUGUUGGGAGGAGGCCAUCAGUGACAAUCUAUGGAAAUAACUAUGCAACUAAAGAUGGAACUGGGGUACGGGAUUACAUUCAUGUGCUUGAUCUUGCUGAGGGACAUAUUGCUGCAUUACGGAAGCUUUUUGAUAGCUCAUCAAACAUAGGAUGUGAACCAUAUAACCUUGGAUCUGGAAAGGGGACAUCGGUAUUGGAGAUAGUCAAUGCAUUUGAGAAGGCUUCUGGAAAGAAAAUCCCACUGAUCAUUGGUCAGCGUCGACCUGGUGAUGCUGAGAUUCUCUUUGCAGCAACUGGUAAAGCAGAGAGAGAACUCAACUGGAAAGCAAAAUACGGCAUUGCAGAGAUGUGCAGGGACCAGUGGAACUGGGCUAGCAAGAACCCUUACGGAUACGCGUCACCUGAUUCGACCAAGCAGAAUGGUAGCAAUUCACACUGAACAACGCAGAUGUGUCUGUGUGGACUUACUUGUACAUGUACUUAGCGUCUAUGAUCUGGGAUCGGUGUAGAUCUAGUCGGCCAGUUAUACAGAGAAAAUUACCAGAUUAGGAAAAAAAAAAUACCGUUCUUGUUGUUCUUCAGUAGUAGCAGAAGCGAUAUUGGUACAAAUCUAUCUUCCACCUGCAUAUAGUCAUUAUCAAGAUUAUUCUAGGCAGAUUGCUAUAGUCAACCAGCUAAUUCGAUUCUAUUCUUUUACUGCUAAUUGAGUUGCAUUGCCUAGCAGCUGUAUACGAACCUUUUGUGCCUGUAAUAGUAAUUAGUUGAACCACUGCUUGUAUCUUCAUUCCUGCAAUGUGUUACAGUACCACUUACCACCCUCUGGUGGUGUAUAUAUCAGAAAUUCAGUAAAUGCAACAAUAUGGUGUACUC